AUGGUGAAGACUACAGCGUACAACCUCGGCGUGGGCAUAAUAGUAGCAGUGGGAUCGUUCACCUAUGGCUUCGGUUUUGCCUCAUUCGCCACUUCGAUCGGCCAGCCUGGUUUUUAUGAAUAUUUCAAGCUCUCAACCACAGGUCCUAAAGCCAGUUAUACAAACAGCGUGAUCGGUGCGGUGAACGCCCUUUUUUUCUUUGGUGCUGUUGUUGGCGCUCUCACUGGUGGGCCUUUCGCAGAUCGAUAUGGUCGACGUACUUGUCUCUUAACAGCAUCAAUCAUCGCCAUUAUUGGCGGUGCACUGACUGCUGGUAGCGUGCAUAUAGCGAUGCUCAUUGUGGUGCGCAUCCUACAAGGUGCGGGGCUGGGUGCUCUAGCAACAGUCACUCCGAUAUAUCUUGCAGAGACAAGUACAGCUUCCAAGCGUGGCCUAUUAACUGGUCUGCACGGCUUCUUCCUCGUGUUUGGCUACAACACGUCCGCAUGGGUGGGUCUAGGCUGCUUCUUCAGCAAGAACCUCACAUUCCAGUGGCGAGGACCUUUGGCAUUUACCUGUAUUCCGCCACUAAUUCUGGCUAUUGGAUGUCUUUUCGUGCCCGAGUCUCCUAGAUGGCUGAUCAUCCAAGACCGAAUUGAUGAAGCGUGGACCACGACUCAGCGUUUGCACCACGACCCGAAUGACAUGAACGACAUCGCGGCACGAGAGGAGUUCUACCAGAUGCGCAAGCAGAUUGAGUAUGAGAGCCAGUUUCCAAGCGGCUACUGGGCAAUUCUCUCCACUCCGAGCUACAUGAAGCGCGCUUUCUUGUCGUGCUUUGUGCAGUGGGCCGCUAACUCGACUGGAGCGCUUGUUAUUAACUACUACUCCGUCAUCAUUUAUGCAAAUCUGGGUCUAACUGGGUGCCUUCCGCUGUUGAUGUACUGCAUUUACACCCUUAUUGGUGCUUUGGGCAAUCUGUUCUCGCUUCUAACCAUUGACAAGACUGGAAGACGCCCAUCACUCAUUAUUGGCUUCAGUGGCGUUUUAAUUGCUCUUGUCAUCGAAACUGCCAUGAUUGCGCAGUACGUCGAUGUCGCCGUCCCCAACAAGGCAGGCCAAAAGGUCGCAAUCUUUGCUAUCAUGUUCUUCGUCUUCUUCUACGGACUUUUCAUCGACGCCGCCUCUUUCAUCUACUCCUCGGAGAUAUACCCGACGCACAUUCGUGCGCGAGGUGUGGCUAUGGCCACAGCAACUUACUUCAUCGCGUGCAUCACAUACGUGACGCCGGGCGCGACGGCGAUUGCAAAGAUAGGAUGGCGCUAUUUCCUCGUUUUCGUUUGCCUCACGGUGAUUACAGUUCUUGUGCUAUACUUCAUGUACCCGGAGACGAAAGGGAGGAGUUUGGAGGAAUUGGCAGAGCUGUUUGGCGAUACGGUUGUGGUGCACGUCACGGAGAAAUCUGGUGCUACCGAAGAGGAGAGACGAAGGCUGGAGGAGGAGAUAAAGACGGAGGUUGUUAUGAAUGAGAAUGCGAUGCCAGGGGUUAAAGCAUAG